GUUUUUGAGGACUCCGUUACUUCAGAUAUCGAGAGUGAGAAUCAAAGAUGGCCGUCUCUUCAUCCUCAAGCAAGAUUGUCAAUUGCCUCUUUUUCGAAUCCCAGGCUGAAGAUGCUGCCAACUUCUAUACUUCCAUCUUCCCCAACUCUUCCAUCGGAGACAUUGCUCGCUUUCCCGGUGCUGGCGAAGAGGUUCACAAACAGCCAGCCAACUCGGCCAUGUGUGUCGUCUUCGAGCUCAACGGCCACCAGUUCACCGCGUUGAACUCCAAACCCGCUGAAGUCCCUUUUACCGAAGCCGUUAGUUUUCAAAUCAUGUGCGACAAUCAGGACGAAGUCGACCAUUACUGGGACAAGCUGAGUGAGGGUGGUGACGAGACGAAGCAGAUGUGCGGAUGGCUGAAAGACAAGUACGGAGUGUCCUGGCAGGUUGUGCCCAAGGACAUCACGAAGAUCAUGACCCAGGCGGAGCCGGACAAGCGUUCGCGCGCGAUGCAGGCGUUCAUGAAGAUGCGCAAGAUUAUCAUCCAGGAUGUCAUUGAUGCUGUCGAAGGAAAGGGCGAGGAAGAAGAGGCUUGAUGUCAUUCGGACAGCCCUGCGUAUGCGUAUGCGUAUGCUAGGGCGUGAGGCUGCCCAGCCAGGUAUUCCAGGAGCCUGAGUCAAGCUGGAGCCUCGAUCCCUGCCGUUGUAGCGGCGCACUUUGCCUGAAGAGUACCAACUCUGGCUCUGUUUAAAGUAAUCCCAUCACAGUGGGAUGCUACACUCCUUGACUCAUAUUUCAUGUCGUAGCGAUACCGGACUGGCCCGUGUCCAUUGUUGUGCGCGGUCUGCGGUCUGUUGUCGGACACAGUCAGCUCAGUAAUCAGACAGCGG